CCCACACCAAGUCUUCUUAUUUAGCAUUCUUCACCUCCAUUUUUCCUCCUCAACUUCUCCACUUUCUCUCUCUUAAACAAAAAAAACACACUUCAUUUUCUCUCUCUACAAAAUUAAAAUGGUUUCCCCUUCAGAUAAUCAAGAACAAACUCUUACUCUGGGAUUAGGAUUCUCAUCUAUUUCUUCUGCUAAGACGAAGAACCCGAUACUGGGGCCAGGGACGAAGUCGUGUGAUCACGAACCGUCCCUGACGCUCAGCCUAUUGGGCGAAACGUAUCAGACGACGACGGCAGUGGCGGCCGUUGAAAGGAAGGUAUUUGUUGAUCAAGAGCCGCCAUGCAGUGUUAGCGUGGCGUCUUCUCUCUCUAACGUUGUGUCAGUUAAGAGGGAGAGAGAGUCUGCUAGUUCUGACGAUUUGGAACUUGAGCGUGGAUCUUCUAGAAUUAGUGAUGAAGAAGAGGAUGGUUGUGGUCCCACUAAUACUCCUAGGAAAAAACUCCGUCUUACUAAAGAUCAAUCCGCUCUUCUUGAAGAGAGUUUCAAGCAACAGAGCACCCUCAAUUCGAAGCAAAAGCAGGCCUUAGCGGAUCGAUUGAACCUACGACCGCGCCAGGUCGAGGUCUGGUUCCAGAACCGUAGGGCAAGGACCAAACUUAAGCAGACAGAGGUUGACUGCGAGUAUCUAAAGAAAUGCUGUGAAACACUAACAGAUGAGAAUAGAAGGCUUCAAAAAGAGUUACAAGAACUAAAAGCAUUGAAGUUAGGACAGCCAUUUUACAUGCACCUACCAGCAGCAACGCUGACGAUGUGCCCUUCUUGUGAAAAAAUUGGUGCCGGUGUGAGUGUUGGUGUCCCUACAAUUCCUGGGACACCUACCACUAAUUCUACGCCUGCUUCUAAGACUGCUUUUACUCUUUGUCCUAGUAAAUCCCAUUUUUACCCUCAGCAACAAAUCCGUCCUCUUCUUGUUGAUUAGUAUUUCUCCAAAAAAUUAUAUUAAUUAAUUAAUUAAUCAAGGUUUUAGAUUAUUUAUUUAGUGGUUUAUAUUAUAUCUUAAUUAGUUUUAUUUUUAUGUUAUAGGAAAACUAAGUUUAAUUAGGUGAACACACCGGGUGGGUUGCCGUGGACCGAUCUUUUUCUCGGUCCCGGAUUAUAAUUUUGUUUGUUUGUUUUUUGGUUUUUUUUUUCAUUUUUUUUUUGUUUCAAAACGAGAUAGGAAAAAAAGAAGAAAAUUCAAAAAAAAAAAUAAAAUGAAGAAAAAAGGUGUAGUGUAAAAAUUUUAGCCUUAUUUUAUUUUUUUUAUUUCCAGAAAUAGAAUUUACUGAUCCAGAUGUUGGGUCUGUUGGUAUUUAUCUUUGUAAAUAUUGCAUGACGAUAAUAUAUAUUAUAUCAUAAAA